AUGUCCGACAUUAUCGCCUGGCUGGUCCCUACGGCACGUAACUCCCUCGCCGACAAAACAGCCCAUCUACACGCCAACAUCUUCCGCACAGUCCAAAUAGAAUCCUCCCCAACACUCUCCUCACGCCUGCCAAACCUCCUGUGCAGCCGUCCAACCCGUGCCCUGAAGCUCUCUUUCGAUGCACCCCCCAAGCGCCCGGGUUCCUUCGUCCUAGGCUCUGACCCUUCCACGUGCGACAUCGUCCUCCCAACAUUGCCGGGCAUCGAUGCACGACACUGCGAGUUGAGCUUUGAUGCUGAGGGACGCCUUGUGCUCAACGACUAUUCACAGACUGGCACUCAGGUCUGGUAUGACUGGGAAAGCAAUGGCGACCAGACCGACUAUUCAUGGAUUUUGAGCUCGGGCGCGGAAGCUGGGUUUCCGAGUAUGUUGCAGCGCAUCACGGUUGAUAUCCAGGGUGUGAGGUUCCAAGUCGUUGUUAAUGAUCAUUCCAACGACUGGGACGCUUAUCACGACAAAGUCAAGGAUUUUGUGCAACAGCCUUCAUGGUCGCAAGGCCUUUCUGCCGGUUGGGAUCGAGGAUCGGUCCUUCCCGUUGCACCUCUGUUUUCCAACACUCCUCUCUUUCAGCAUAUUCUCGUUAAGGCUUUGGGCGAAGAGCCAGUCGGGGAGGUAUACCUAUGGAAUUUGGCUAAGCCUUGGGAGCCUAUGGUCAAGGCUGCCGCAUAA